CAACUCAUGGGAUGUAGUGGAUGCAGAGUCAGGCUCAACUUUGGCAAGGUGCUCUCCAAAGUCUCGGUGUUUUUUACCAUGGUCCUGAUCUUCACCUACUUCUUCUACUGCCUCGCCGGACUCUGCGAUUCGGCUCCGAGAGCUCUGUACAGCCAGCACGCGCCCGACUAUGAGGUUCUGGACGACCCCCGCAGAGUUCUGGACGAGCUGCGACCCUCUCCGCGUCUCCUGCCGGAGCGGAACCGCACAGUCUCCGAGGACGCGGCGCAGGUGGACGCGCCCGGACAGCAGCUGCCUCUCCACGUGCCGAGCCCCGGCCUCCCCGUGUCCAACACGUUCGGGACCAAGAGGGUCCCUCAGGCGAUCAUAAUCGGCGUGAAGAAAGGAGGAACCCGCGCCCUGCUGGAGUUUCUCCGCAUCCACCCGGACGUCAGGGCGGUCGGUGCCGAGCCUCACUUCUUCGACCGGUUUUACGAUAAAGGGCUGGAGUGGUACAGGAACCUGAUGCCCCGGACUCUGGACGGCCAGAUCACCAUGGAGAAGACCCCCAGCUACUUCGUCACAAAGGAGGCUCCUACCCGUGUCUGCACUAUGAACUGCCAAGCCAAGCUCAUUGUGGUGGUCAGGGAUCCUGUGACGCGGGCUGUAUCUGACUACACCCAGACACUGUCCAAGAACCCAGGGCUUCCAUCCUUCCAGAGCCUGGCUUUAAAAAACUCCACCACUGGUCUGAUUGACACCACUUGGAGCGCAGUCCGCAUCGGCCUCUACGCCAAGCAUCUGGAGAACUGGCUCCAGCACUUCCCCUUGUCUCAUUUCCUGUUUGUAAGCGGCGAGCGGCUGGUGUCUGAUCCGGCAGGCGAGAUGGGCCGAGUUCAGGACUUCCUGGGACUGAAAAGGGUUGUUUCAGACAAACACUUCUACUUCAACCAGACCAAAGGUUUUCCCUGCUUGAAGAAGCCUGAAGGGAGCAGCAGACCUCGCUGCCUCGGAAAGUCCAAGGGCAGACCUCAUCCCCAAAUCCCUGCCGAGGUCCUGCAGAGGCUCAGAGACUUCUACAGGCCCUUCAACCACCGUUUCUACCAGAUGAGUGGGCAAGACUUUGGCUGGGACUGA